AGGAAGUGCAUCUUGCGUCUAGCUGGAACAUGAGGAGAAGAAACAGUUUUAUACAGAGCUACCGGGACAACAAACUCAUAUUUUGACGAAAAACCAUUGGGAGAUGGACCGUCACAGAAGAAGCCGACCAUGGGGAAAGCUAGUCAAAUUGGACUCAAGUGAAAAUGAAGUGCUGCUUUUCAACAGAGAGUGCACAGUUGGCCGAAAAAAGGGAUGUGAUCUGGCUUUUCCAGCCAACAAACUGGUCUCAGGGGAGCACUGCAAGAUUUUCAAAGAUGAAAGCUCAGGGCUCGUGUGGCUUGAAGACAUGAGCACUAAUGGCACUGUGAUCAACAUGUCCAAAGUGGUCAAAAAGCAAACUCAAGUACUGCAGAAUGGCGACGUCAUCUACUUUGUAUACAGGAAAAGUGAACCAGAACAAAACAUUGCCUAUGUUUACCACUCAAUCACAGCGGAGCAAGCUAUUUCACAAAAUAGUUACUACAUGGAGAGGUCAGCCAUCAGUCCUGCUCCUGUUCCAUCCUCAGAUAUGUCACUCUCUGUGGAGCCCGUCAUGCUCACCAAGGCUCCUGAUAUAACUCAGGAGGAACCUCAGCCCUCCACGUCAACUUCCCACCUCUGUAUUCGGAGUCAUACCACAUCUGGUGCUCAAGCUAAAGGUGCUGCCAUGACACAGGAAAAAGAUAUGGAAAUCCUGGAGCCAGAAAGCAAAAAGAGGAAAACUGAUAUAGAUUAUGAUUUUGGCUUGCCACACACGUCCAGUAAAGAAGUGGCGGGGUCAACUCAGGGAAGUCUUGGGAAUCUUUUGCCUAAACAACCAGUAGAAGGGACUAAAACUGACAAGAUGGAGGAAUCUCUGACUUGUAUUAUCUGCCAGGACCUACUGCACGACUGUGUCAGCUUGCAGCCCUGUAUGCACACCUUCUGUGCUGCCUGCUACUCAGGCUGGAUGGAGCGCUCUUCUCUUUGUCCCACCUGCCGCUGCCCUGUGGAGAGGAUCCGUAAGAACCAUAUCCUCAACAACCUGGUGGAGGCCUACCUCAUUCAGCACCCAGAAAAGUGUCGCAGUGAUGAGGAUCUGAAGAGUAUGGACAGCCGUAACAAGAUCACUCAGGACAUGUUGCAGCCAAAAGUUGAGCGCUACUUCUCUGAUGAGGAGGGCAGUUCAGAUUACCUCUUUGAGCUCUCUGACAAUGACAGCGACUCCCCAGACUUCAGUCAGCUACUGUUGUGCAGACAGUGUCCUGGCUACAAGAAAGAGGUCAGUCAGAUGCUGUUUGCUACAGGGUCAAAUUAUUGGGUCCCCAGUGUGCCAGUCCCACCGCCUAUACCUCCUCCACCUAAACCGGCAUCUGAGGAAGGGUCUGCAAAGCCAACAGGGGAGCAGCCCUCAACGUCCUCAAAUAUCCCUUCAGCUCCUCAGGAGUACCACUGCCCCCCCCAGGGCCGCCAUCUCAUCUGUACCUGCUGCCACCAGCCGAUGCCAGACAGACGGGCAGAGCUAAACAGCCUGCAGGUUAUUGCUCAACAAUGUGCGCUGUGCCAGCAACCCUUCUGUCAUAUGUACUGGGGCUGCCAGAGGAUUGGCUGUCAAGGCUGCCUGGCUCGAUUCAGUGAACUCAAUCUGACAGACAAAUGUAUGGAUGGUGUGCUGAACAACAAUAACUAUGAGUCAGAGAUUCUUCAGAACUACCUGUCCUCCAGAGGGAAGUCAUGGAGAGAUCUGCUCCAAGAGGCUGUACAAGGUUUACAGCAGGGAAAUUACUAUCUGACAGAUUGUCGUAUCUCUUCAAAUACCAUCGUGUGCUUCUGCUGCGGCCUGCAAACAUUCAAGGAGCUGGCCUACAAGUACAGACAGAACAUCCCCCCGUCUGAGCUGCCAGCUGCUGUAACCUCUCGUCCUGACUGUUACUGGGGACGCAACUGUCGCACGCAGGUUAAGGCACACCAUGCAGUGAAAUUCAACCACAUAUGUGAGCAGACACGUUUCAAGAGUUGAGGGGAGCAGCAUCUAACUGUCAAACAUGUCAAAUGAGCAUCAUCUUGUAAGGUUUGCUUUGUACAUUGUAGGUAACAGUCUCACAGGUGCUCUGCUUCUUAUGCAAUAAUCUAAUGCAAAAAACACAAUCAGUAUCCAUUGACAAUACCUGACACAGGGCUGCGUGAAAUAAUGCUAUGCACAUUAUCAUUAAAGGUUAAGUUUAAUCAAGGUUCAGGUUGCUGUUUAAAGGUUAGAGUUGGGUUUGCAGUUAACAGCAGCCACCAUGUAAAUUGGGAUGCAUUUGUCUGUUGCUGCUGCCUCUGUCACAUCUACCAGUUAACCAGCCGCUUCCUGUUAAAUAAAACUGAUGGCUCAGAUGAAGAGCAAGUGAAGCAAUCUCUAUGGAUUAAGUCCAUUUAUUAUGCUUACACAUGUUUAAAAGCAUGAUUUUAUAUUAAAUUCUCCUCCAGCCUUGCUCAUACAGUCUUACAUUAUAUGUACUUUGUACUGUAACAUAUUAACAGUCUUAUUUCAGAAUCCAGGACUUCCUACAAUACACAUAUCCAUAUUUCUUACAAGUUUAUGAGAAAUGCUGAUGAAAAAGCACAUUUUUACAUAUCAUUAGAGUAUAGAAAAUGUAUAUAGUACAGAGUAUUACAAUGAAUGUAAUACUAUUUAGCACAGUUUUGGGCCCAAGACACAAACUGCUUCCAAGAUCCACACAUGCUAACUUUGAACAGCAGUAAAAUGUGUAAAUGUCUCACAUCCUUAGUAACUUUUUCUUUUCCUGUUUUGCCCCGGCAUUACUGUGUUCCCAGGCAAAGGGCAAAAAGCCACAUCAAAGCCCACAUACGUAUGAUUUAUAAUCCCAUGUGAUAUUUGUGUAGGAUUUUAUGUCUGUGGGAAGGGGAUCAAUGUGUUGUAAUACUGUCAGAGGGCACGGGGGCCUCUUUUGUAUGCUUUGCUCCGGAUAAUCAUCUCCAAGGUGAUUAAAAUAGUGCAGAAGGGAUGCUUUCUCAGACCCUUGUAGUAAGGGCUUUGCUGUGAUGAAUUUUUAUUCCAUUUAGAGAAGAAAAACUAGACCGCACUCCAAGUACGGUGAGGCUGUUGUAGAGUUUUCAUAUACAGCGUUGUGCGGGAUACUCUUGCAGAACCAACGAUUUAGGGAAUGGUGCCAAUACAAAACACAACUGUACUGUUGUGAUUGUGUUCCAGUUAUGUUAUAAUGUAGUUACCCUUGCAACAAAAAAUGUCUAAGAGGUUGUUUUAGAAAAUAUAUAGUUUUUUUCUGUUAUGGUUUUGGAGAUAUUAUUGGAUGUUGGAUUUUGUUAGUUUAAAAUUGAAGAGAAAUAGACUUUCUGUGGUUCCUCAGGUACACAAAGCUGCUGUUUUUGUUUGUUGAAAUGCAGGUGAAUCAUGACGAGUGGUUCGGAAAGUGCUGUGUGCAUGUAAAAGCUGUCACGAAAACAGUCAUGUCACACCCGACGACCUCCAUUUUAUCUUUAUGACUAUCAUCACCCAAGUGUCAAGAAGUCACGCCUACCCAUCACACGAAAAAUGCAAAGCUUGUAUUGACGUCUAUAAAUUUGUGACAAAUCAGCCUUCGGUUUGUUUGAUUUAUUCAGCCUAGUUAGAACAACUAGUUUCAAGAGGCCUUAUCUGUUGAAUUACAAGAAUGAAGUUAAAGUUUGGAUGUUUUGAGGGUUUUUUUUUUUUAAUUUGUGGAAUCACUAUUAUGUGAUCGUGUAGAAAAUGCUAGUGGGUUUGAAGAAUAGUGGGAAGAAAAAGGUUAAAAAUGAGUCUUAGCUGGCAUCCAGUAAAUUUUGUAUGAUUUCAUGGCUUAUUUUUCAAAGUUUAGUGUUUUUCAUUUGAUUUAGCAGGAUAUGUACUGGAAAUGUCUAAAAUGUUUUGCUAGAUGUGUUUAAUGUUAAGCAACUAUGAGAGGAUGUUUGCACAUAACUUGUCUCACACAUAUACAACGGCUUCCUUACUGUAAAGUCUACACGGUUAUAUAGUCGAGCUCAUAGUAUCUGAUAUGUAAAUGUAUGAAGAGUUUCAUUCCGAGAUAAGGUAUCCAGAAGGAAAGAAGAAGGUAUGCAUCCUUGAUAAUGUAGAGAAAUUGGUGUGUAUUUGGAUAUACAUAUUAGUAAUACUAGCCAUAGAGAAUAUGGAUACGCUAUGAGUAGUGUUUUGGAAUGUAGCUCUUCAUGUUUUCUUUUUAGUGUUGGUGGCAAUAUUUAUGAUCCAUUCUGGGACGGGGUUGUGAAUGGGCACUUUCCAGGCCUCUGCGUGAGCUCCUGAGUUAAUGUGGUGUUGGCUAGGUGGUUUAGGUUUUACUUUUUCUUUUUUUUUACCCUUUCAGUCAUGGUGGGUCCACACUGGCAUUCCUUAGCGGCUCAGGCCCUCAGCCGAUCCCCCAACACAGGGGCUGGGCAGGAAUUGGUAUUAAAGGGGCUUUGGAGGAGUGCUUUGCAUUCUCCCUGGGGUGGGGUGUGGAAGGGAAGGGGAGUUGUAUACUAAGGCAAAUAUUUACUCACUUUGUGUGCAAAAGUCUGGUCCAAGCUGCUCAGCAGUAUGGAAGAGGCAGGUUUUAUUCUACCUCAUUGCAGCUCCCAGGAACACAGGAGACUGAACGGGCAUCAGAGUCGCUUUCAUAUCAGCCGGGCAUAUGUCUCUCAAUAUGAGGGAAGGAAGUCCCUCAUAGGAAGUCUCAGCGACGCCUGUAAACUGUGUACGCAAUGCACUAUUUGAACAGUUAGUCUAGACUAUAAUCGACUUCUAGUUAAAUCACUAUAGAAUAGCACUAGGCACAUGCAAAAAUAGUUUUUUGAGGAAUAUGUUUAAGAGUUUGACAAAUGCCUCUUUACCCUGUAUGUUGUAUUAGCAAUGCAAAAACUGUAAUUGAAAUUAUUGUCUGU